UAGACACACAGUUUGAAACUAAACAACAACAAAAAAAUGGCACAGUAUGUCGUCCUCUACUGCCAAAUACUCCUUGUGUUCUCUAUGAUAUCUCCACUAGCCAUUUCUUUCACCGUAAUCACUUCCGACACGGUGGCUCCAUCCGCACUUAUCGAUGGUCCACAAACAGGAUUCACGAUGACCAACGACGGUGCACACACAGAUCCCGACGAGCAAGACGCCGUCUACGACAUCAUGCGUGCCACUGGCAAUGACUGGGCCGCUGCGAUUCCAGACGUGUGUCGAGGCAGGUGGCACGGAAUCGAGUGUAUGCCUGAUCAGGAUAACGUCUACCACGUGGUCUCUUUAUCGUUCGGAGCUCUCUCAGACGACACGGCGUUCCCUACUUGUGACCCGGAACGCUCUUACAUCUCCGAGUCCCUCACCAGACUUAAACACCUCAAAGCCUUGUUCUUCUAUCGCUGUUUGGGCCGGGCUCCACAGAAGAUACCUUCGUUUCUGGGCCGCUUGGGCUCGAGUUUGCAGACUCUCGUUUUGAGGGAGAACGGCCUUUUUGGGCCCAUCCCGAACGAGUUGGGCAACCUCACCAAUUUGAAAGUACUUGAUCUUCAUAAGAAUAAUCUCAACGAUUCGAUUCCUUUGUCGCUUAACCGGUUAUCCGGUUUGAGAUCGCUUGAUCUGAGCGUAAACCGUUUAACCGGUUCGAUUCCCGGUUUGCUUCUUCCGGAUCUAAACGUUCUUGACUUAAACCAUAAUUUAUUAACCGGACCGGUACCAUCUACACUCUCCACCUGUGAUUCGCUGAUCAAAAUCGAUCUUAGCCAUAACCGAGUCACCGGUCCUAUCCCUGACUCCAUUAACCGGCUAAACCAACUAAUGCUUUUGGAUUUGAGCUAUAACCGGUUAUCAGGUCCGUUCCCGUCUUCUCUCCAAGGACUAAACUCACUUCAAGCUUUGGUGCUCAAAGGGAAUACAAACUUCGCAGCAGCUAUUCCUGGAAACGUGUUCAAAGGUCUCAAGAACUUGAUGAUUCUUGUUCUCUCGAAUAUGAGUCUCCAGGGCUCAAUACCAGGAUCUUUGACUCGGUUAACCAGUCUCCGUGUCCUUCAUCUAGAGGGCAACAACUUAACCGGUUCAAUUCCUAUGGAGUUUCGAGGCGUGAAGCAUCUAAGCGAGCUGAGGCUAAACGAUAACAGUCUUACAGGGCCAGUACCGUUCGAGAGAGACACUGUGUGGAGGAUGAGGAGAAAGCUGAGGCUUUAUAACAAUACCGGUUUGUGCGUGAACAGUGAGAGUUACUUGGAUGAUGUCUUCGGUUCAAGUGUCAAGUUGUGUGAAGGAGAAACAAAGAGACCUGGUCCUUCUGGUACGGUGCAGCAUCUAUCUAGAGUAGGUGGUGGCAAUGUGAUGGAGGACAAAGCAACGUACGUGUCAGACGGUUCAAGGUCAUUGGGCUUCUUUGGUCUAUCUGCAUUUUUUGUUGUGUUCAAUUUUGGUUAUUUACUACUUUCUUGUUAGAGAAGGGAUUUUAAAAAAAAAACUGCUGUUGUGAAUAUUAUCCUAUCCAAGUGUAAUCUAAUAAACGAAGUUUCUUUU